GCGGCCGCGUCUCCUCCUCCUCCUCCUCGACGCGAGCCCUGCUUAUGGCGACGCUGGGCACAUCCGGGCUUUUCUUCCUUCGGCGGCCGUCGCCGCCGCCGCCGCUCUGAGCCUCGGCCAGCCCGACUCCAUUAGCGGCUCCCCCGCUGCCCGCCCCGUCCCCGGCAGGGAGGGCUGCGGGGCACCGAGUUCCCCUCGGAGUUAUCCCACGGUGACAUGUCCAACCAAGGGGCCAGGAGGAACGGGCCCGUCAAACUGCGGCUGACAGUUCUCUGUGCGAAAAACCUGGUGAAAAAGGAUUUUUUCCGGCUUCCUGAUCCAUUUGCUAAAGUUGUGGUUGACGGAUCCGGCCAGUGCCAUUCUACCGAUACUGUGAAGAAUACCCUUGAUCCAAAGUGGAAUCAGCAUUAUGACCUAUACAUUGGGAAGUCUGACUCGAUAACCAUCAGCGUAUGGAACCAUAAGAAAAUCCAUAAAAAACAGGGAGCUGGUUUUCUGGGCUGUGUGAGACUUCUUUCCAAUGCUAUCAAUCGCCUUAAAGACACUGGUUAUCAAAGGUUGGAUCUAUGCAAGCUUGGGCCAAAUGACAACGAUACUGUUAGAGGACAGAUAGUAGUAAGUCUCCAGUCCAGAGACCGGAUAGGCACAGGAGGGCAAGUUGUGGAUUGCAGUAGGCUAUUUGACAAUGAUUUACCUGAUGGUUGGGAAGAAAGGAGGACAGCCUCUGGAAGGAUUCAGUAUUUAAAUCACAUUACACGAACAACACAGUGGGAGCGACCAACACGGCCAGCAUCAGAAUAUUCCAGUCCAGGUCGACCUCUGAGUUGCUUUGUGGAUGAGAACACUCCCAUUACAGCCAUAAAUGGUGCCACGUGUGGACAGUCCUCUGAUCCCAGGCUAGCAGAGAGAAGAGUGAGGUCUCAAAGGCACAGGAAUUAUAUGAGCAGGACCCAUCUACAUACCCCUCCAGAUUUACCUGAAGGAUAUGAACAAAGGACAACUCAACAAGGGCAGGUGUAUUUCUUACAUACUCAGACUGGUGUGAGCACGUGGCAUGAUCCACGGGUACCUAGGGAUCUUAGCAACAUCAAUUGUGAAGAGCUUGGUCCUUUGCCUCCUGGAUGGGAGAUCCGAAAUACAGCUACAGGCAGAGUUUAUUUUGUAGACCAUAACAACAGAACAACGCAGUUCACAGAUCCACGGCUAUCAGCUAACUUACACCUGGUUCUAAACCGGCAGAACCAACUCAAAGAUCAACAGCACCAGCAGCAGCAAGUAGUAUCACUCUGCCAGCUUCCAGAGGAGGCAGAAUGUUUGACUGUGCCGAGGUACAAGCGAGACCUCGUGCAGAAGCUCAAGAUACUAAGGCAGGAGCUGUCUCAGCAGCAGCCCCAAGCCGGGCACUGUCGUAUUGAAGUCUCCAGGGAAGAAAUUUUUGAGGAGUCUUACAGGCAAGUCAUGAAGAUGAGGCCUAAAGACCUGUGGAAGAGAUUAAUGAUAAAAUUCCGUGGGGAAGAAGGUCUCGAUUACGGAGGGGUUGCCAGGGAAUGGCUCUAUUUGCUGUCCCAUGAAAUGCUGAAUCCAUAUUAUGGGCUGUUCCAGUAUUCACGUGAUGACAUCUAUACGCUACAGAUAAAUCCAGAUUCUGCUGUUAAUCCGGAACAUUUAUCCUACUUCCACUUUGUUGGACGGAUCAUGGGGAUGGCAGUGUUUCACGGACAUUACAUUGACGGAGGCUUCACAUUGCCCUUUUAUAAGCAGUUGUUAGGGAAGCCAAUUACGCUGGAUGACAUGGAAUUAGUAGACCCGGAUCUUCACAACAGCUUAGUAUGGAUUCUGGAGAAUGAUAUUACAGGAGUCUUGGAUCAUACAUUCUGUGUGGAACAUAAUGCAUAUGGUGAAAUUAUACAACAUGAACUGAAACCCAAUGGGAAAAGUAUUUCUGUCACAGAGGAGAACAAAAAAGAAUAUGUCAGGCUUUAUGUAAACUGGCGAUUUUUACGAGGGAUUGAAGCUCAGUUUCUAGCUCUGCAGAAAGGAUUUAAUGAAGUAAUCCCACAACAUCUGCUCAAGACGUUUGAUGAAAAGGAAUUAGAGCUCAUAAUUUGUGGCCUUGGGAAGAUAGAUGUUAAUGACUGGAAGGCCAACACCCGGUUAAAACACUGCACGCCGGACAGCAAUAUUGUGAAGUGGUUUUGGAAAGCCGUGGAACUAUUUGAUGAAGAGAGAAGAGCCCGAUUGCUGCAGUUCGUGACUGGCUCAUCCCGAGUGCCUCUGCAGGGCUUCAAAGCAUUGCAAGGUGCUGCUGGUCCAAGACUAUUUACAAUUCACCAGAUUGAUGCUAGCACAAACAACCUGCCAAAAGCUCACACGUGCUUCAAUCGAAUAGACAUUCCUCCUUAUGAAAGCUAUGAGAAACUCUAUGAAAAGCUGCUAACCGCCAUUGAAGAAACAUGUGGGUUUGCUGUGGAAUGAACGCUUGCAGGCUCACCUGGGACUGUAUUUAUAUUCUCUCAAGCAGACAACACUCCCUUCAACCAUGACACAGUAAAUGCUUGAAAUAUAGGAAACUCCCCCUUCCCCCCUUUUCUACUUUUAUGACAUUAAUGAGGGAAAGGACAAUUUUUGGAAUUCUUCAUUCAAGAAAAUAUCCUAUUGUUCCUGUCAAGGAAUCAUUCAGCUGCUAUGAAAAAACUAGUGUCUUGAACAUACAGAAUGCUGACUUUUCCUUCAUUUCAACAGUUAAGCAGUAUUCUUCUCUUCAAAAGACGACUACUAUUUUUGUAAAAGGUGAUCUGAUCUAUUUGCCUACCUGAUUUUUAUUCUCACAUGUCUAAGAUACAGUUGUUGGUACAAGUCAUGUUCCAGCCUACUCGAGCAAACAUGUGAAACUGAACAGCGCUUAUACCUGCUAUUUUUUUAAACAAAAUAUUUUGAUGAUUCUAAUUUUUGCAUAAAAUUGGCUAAACAAAUCAUUAAUCUUUUAAAUUAAGGCCACUUUACAUGUAAACUGGGUUUUCUUAUAGUGAGUGAUUUUUUCUCUGUGUUCAAUUUCAAUGUGUUUGUGUAAGGAUUUUUAUAUUUCUCAAGCAUGAAUUACAGGUUUUGGAUCCUGUUUUUCUCUUGUCUGAUUCUUAAACGUAGUUAACUUGCACUGCAUUUGGUACAGUACUUGUGGUAAAUGUGGAAACCCCUUUUUUAAAAGCAUUCUAAGCAUUUAACAUUUUUAAAUGAGCAUUUUUGUAAAAAAAAAAUAAAAGUUAAUACUUGAGUUUUUUUAGUUUGCUUUCCAUUUUAAAUGGAACUGCUGCAUUUUUAAAAAUUCCUAAAUGUAUGUUGGUGAUAUCAGCAGCCUUCUGCAGGAUCGUCACGUCAUCUAAACACCCUGGAUGUCAUACCAACCAAAGCGUUUGUGUUCAAUGCAGCCCAGCUGCAUUGUAUUUUAGUUGCUAAAUAAAUUUCAUCAGGUUAGCAAGGGUUUGUUUGUUUUUUUAAACUCUGGAUUUGUGUUGAUUUCAGUUAAGGGUGGAAAGUAAUGCAGAAAUUUGCAGAAGCUGUGUUUUAUCUAAAAUGCACAGUGUAAUGCUCCAAUAAAUAUUGUUGGCUUGGAUAUGUCAGAAGCUGGCUUCUUGCUGUGCUGAGGGCAAAUACAAAACAGUUAUAAUACAGAGUCUAUUCAGAGCAGAUAUAUCGCACUGUUAAUGGAGCUUGUGUGAGGAAUUCUACCCCCUUUCAAUACAGACUUUUUGCUGAAGGACAAUUCAUACGAGCAAGCACCCCUUCUUUGUCCUGAAACGAGUGCUGUUGCAGAAGUCAGUGUACUUGUUGAGCAAGGACUAGUUCAACACAUGCAAAACUGCUUGUUUUUCUUAAUCACAAAUGUGUGUAGGUAGACAAAAAUGUGAAUGGUGCACGCCUGACAGUGAUUUCUGCAAUAGCCCCUGCACUUGUCACAGGAGCCGUAUGCAAGGAGAGCUUGCAGUUGUGAAUUAGACCUUCUAGUGUGAACUAGCUCAUCUGUGUCAAAAACUAGGGAACUGUCAAUACAGCACAGCUCACUUUUCUGCCCUGAUGCAAGGGUCAAUAAAUGUCUCUAGGAUACCACAAUUAUAAUUAACCCAUUUAAAACCACCACUUUUCCUAUGUUGAUCAAACAUGUUGAUCUUGGAGACUUGCAGUUUGCAUGGUAACUACUGCUCACGUGGGACGUGGCAAGGAUAAAUCCUGUUUGCAGCACUGGUUAUGAAGUGAAUUCUCACCUCCUGUAGUAGGCAAAACCUUACUGGUCUCUGAAGUGAUUUUGCUCAGAUUAGAUUGCUGUAGAAAACCAGAUGGUGGUUGUAGAUGUUGAGUAGUAGGUUGAGUAGCAGGAAUAACUUGUUGCUGUUUCUGACAUCUAUUUCCCUUGUGCCUGGACUGCAGCAGGGCUGUUACUCUAAAUGUCAUACUUUGGAUUUAGACUUGAGGCACAAACUUUGCCCUUGUGACAGACAGGAGAAUGUUCCGCCCUCUUUUCUCCCUGAUCAGAGCAGACAGAUAGGAUUUGAAAGGCAAAUUAAACUUUGAAGUGAAGUUAAAAAACAAACCUUGGACGAUUUAACUGUUAGCAGCCAACUGACAAGCAGGUCAUUUGGGUUUAUGAGGAAGAAAGGAUAGGCGAUAUCCUAGGCUAGGCAGGGAGUCUAGGGACUGUACUGAUUGGUUCUUACAUGCAGGGUUGGGUGCUGUUCCCCAGAUAAAAAAAGUGGAAAGUGCCAAGCUGUCUAGUUACUGUUGUGACAUUAAAAACUGCUGAAAGAAUAAGGAUUGUAUCUCUCAUGCACCUCCCAGCUCUAGGACUGUGUCAGCUAAUGGACUGGAGUGGGAAGGAGUCACAAGUAACGCCUACCAUCCGUGGCUCCUGUGUUAUCCAGAUUCCCCCACUGCGUUCUCUGAUGGACCCAAGGAAAAGGGGUCUAGGUUUGUGUGUGACGUGCUCUCGAGCAUUAAGGAAUCCUGUUUGUGUGUCAAAAUAAACACACUCAAUAAAACAAACCCACUUCACCUCACACACUGAAAGAGAACUAUGACCCUGGUACUAAAUAAAUACAGGGAGGGUGUGGGUGAUGAGAUGAUGCUCAGCUCUCCAGUCAGGGGAACUUGUUAGUGGUAAAGAGGUACAAAAAACCACAGCAAGAGAAGGGCCCAGACCAGGAGUUGUGACAGCCCUGAUUAAUAGAUUGUCUUUUGGGAGAAGCUCUGGCCUUAUCUCCAACUGCUUCCGCUGCUUUUUCAGGUCUCAGGAAUAGAACUGACUCAGAAAACUGUUAUGCACAAACUCUGGGUUGCAAAUGAAAUCUUCCAAUGAACCUUUCAAAAGCUGGCAUUCUGUUGUUGUAUGUAGAAGGGAGGGGACUUGGUGAACCGGCUGUUGUAUAAGCUGGUUCACCAAGCUGGUUCAUCAAGCCACUUCAUCCGUAGGAAAGCAGAUCAGAUGUGUUCUUUCUUCUCUGCAGUUUUACACUUUAUUCAAGAUCAGUAGCCUUGUCCUUACCCAUGUAAGGAUGCGUCCCUUACGGUCUCCACAGGCUGCCUUGGUUCUUCUUGCAGCAAUUGUAUUCUCCUAACAAGAUGCAGCCUGAUACCUUCCAGAACAUUAAAUUACUGGCAAAAGAACAGGUUUAUAACCUCAGUGUUGAAUCCAUUAUAAAGAGAGAGAAGGGCUUGGGAAAAUAUGAUGAAUCACAUCUAAUACCAAAACUUGAGAGUUCUUUCAGUGGUAGCUCCAUUACCUUCCCGUUUUAAAUAGUUUUGGGUCCAGAAAUCUUGUCAUCAUUACAGGGCUAACUUGGCGAAUUCUCAAUGUUAUAGGCAAAAUAAAACCAUUUAUCCAAAUGUCUUUGACCUACACUGAGCAGACUGAUGCAAAUCGAAUGCUCGGUCUUCUGAGUGCCUUUAUCUGCAUGAUCAUUAAAAAGCUUUAAAUAAAGCACACCAUCUGCCAGAAGUUUCUCUGGACUGAAAUGUUAUUCUGCAGCCAUGCCACACCUCCCUCAGACAAGAGCUAAACCCAAUUUUUGUGUUGGACCUUGGAUUUUCACCUGAUAUAUAAAUGUGAAUAUUUAUUUCCAACAUGUCCCUCUUCCUAUAUUGUUCGUUCUUCCAUUUUGAAUAUGCAUAAAAUGGGCUAACAGAGAUGCCCCUCACAUUUCCAUGUUUCAUUAUGAAUGUUUAAUAUGGAUAGUGACUAUUUUGGUAGGGUUUAAAUAUUACAGUACUCAGUUGCAUUUCAGAUUUAAUUUUUAGGUGUAAAGUUUUGUUAAUGGUGCUUUGUACAGUAUAUUCUGGGGUUUUUUGCACAUAGCUUCAGUUUCCCUAAACUGACUUAUUUUUUACCAAAUUGUGUUGUAUCAGAGUCCAGAGCACACAAUGUGUUGUUGUUGUUCUACAACACUACAUCUGUUAAACUUGAUGGUGCUUUUAAACUGGCUGAAUUACCAGAAGUAAGAGCUUUGCUUCUAUAACAUACAUCACAAUGUAGCAUGACUCUAUUGCUUCAGACUUUAAAUUGUACCAUAUAAUUAACAAGUGCAAUUCCAUGUACUUAACAUUCACUCUUUUUAUUAGUAGAUUUUUCCAACUCUGCCAAACUCUAAGAGCUUUGUCUAUAGCGAAAAUUAGCUUAUACUUGGUAUGAUUCCUACCUAUUCCACAGACUCACAGGUGGUUUUCAUUGCAUUUCUAUUGUAUUUAUUGCAGAAUAUUUUUAGCAUUGAUAUUCAUUGUAUUUUCACCCAAGCUGUUACAUGAGCUUUUAUACAUCUGUAUAAAAUGUUUUUCUAAAGGUAUGUACCCAUGCAGAAAUUGAGCAAUAAAAUUGUAUGCUGUUUGCACUGUCACAGCAUCAAUGGUUUUAAAA